GGAAAGUGGGAAGUCCCUCUGCCCAAAGUUCGUGCCCAGGGAGAAACAGAAGUGUUAAAAGUUAUUCGGACAGGAAAGAGAAAAAAGAAGGCAUGGAAGAGGAUGGUUACUAAAGUCUGCUUUGUAGGAGAUGGCUUUACAAGAAAACCACCUAAAUAUGAAAGGUUCAUCAGGCCAAUGGGUUUACGUUUCAAGAAAGCUCAUGUAACACAUCCUGAACUGAAAGCCACCUUUUGUCUCCCCAUACUUGGUGUGAAAAAGAAUCCUUCAUCCCCGCUAUAUACAACUUUGGGUGUAAUUACCAAAGGUACAGUCAUUGAAGUGAAUGUGAGCGAGUUGGGCCUUGUGACGCAAGGAGGCAAAGUUAUUUGGGGGAAAUAUGCCCAGGUUACCAACAACCCUGAAAAUGACGGAUGCAUAAAUGCAGUUUUACUGGUUUGACAGCACUUUCAUACAAAGAACCCCUUAUAAUUAUGACUACAAAAUGAUCAGGACAACCAGCAAUACUGUGAUGUUUGUGGAUACUACCAAACAGCCUUACAUAUCUGCAAUCAAGAGAGCUAUUUAUUAAAUUGUAAAAGAAAAACAUUAAAAUGG